GGUCUGGACACUGCGCUCCUCUAACUGGAUACCGUAAAUGUUUAGUUUUACCCAUCUUUUCACAAGAGGACGAUGGGUGAUUUGAACAAAUUUCCCGUUUUCUUCGACUGCCGCAGCUUGCCCCCAGAGCAGGAAAAGAAGAUAGAGAAGUAUUUCCGUAUUCACCGCAAAUCAGGUGGAGGUGACUGCGGAUCACUGAUAAGAGUGAAUGAUGAAGUUUACAGGAUAGCUUUUAAAUAUCAGAAAGACCAGCACGCAGUUCUGCAGAGGUCCCAGCAUUCAGUGGAGCUUGGAGAUGGUCCACUGGUGUUUACUGUCCGAGGCAGCCUGGAACCUCUCUCCUCCUCUCCCAAAUCCACCUCAACUCCAAGCCAGAACUUCACAACUCCAGCUCAGAGCCAUCAGCCCAUUCCUGGCUCAACUCCUCCAUCAAGUGGUGAAGAAUAUGAACUACAUUUUGAUGCUUAUCUCCUUCGCUACCUAAAGGAAAGUCCCAAGGCUCGGAGAGAACUAGAGGAAACACUUGCUUCUGUGGCAUGCUCUGCUCAGCUUUAUCCAGAAGACGGGAGGGUUUUAGUGAGGAGAUUAACCCAGCCUGGUGCUGUAAAAGGAGAUGGAGUCAAAAAGUGGGAAGAUGAGGUGGACAAACUCUUUAAAGGUUUACAGGAACGCUACCCCUGCCAUUUUGAGUUUAACCCUCACAAAAUGAAAGCUUUGCUUCAGUACCGCAGGUCUCAACAGAUUAUAGAUGAAGUGAAAGUGUACAGUGAGGCUGGGAUGGCUGUUGUGGUUGGGGAACGAUCUCAGAUAGAUGCCAGGUUGAGUGAUAUAGAGAACAGGCCAUCUGUAAGGGAGAAGCAAAUCAGUACUUGUCAACUGGUUGAGGCCAAGCUUCGCCUACUCUGGAAAGACAUUGAGCACUUUUUGCGACAAGAUUUUCCAGGAGUUAAGGUGACAAAAGGAAAUGCAGGACAAUUAUUCCUAGAAGGCUCUGUGGAGGAGAUCCAUAAGGCAAGAGAUUCAGUCUAUGAGAAGGAGAAAUUAGUGUUAGAGAGAUCUGUUUCUGACAUUAGCCCACAUCUUUUGACCUUCCUGAGAAAGUCAUAUGGAGAUCCAGGAGCUCUAGGUGACUUUUUAGGGGUUGGUGACAAGUUGGAAAUAGAGUUAAGGGACACAGAGCUACGCCUCUUCUCUCUCUUCGCUGAUUAUCUUGAUGAAACAGAAAAGGCACUGCAAGGCAAGUUCAUGGAAGUAAAUAUUGAUCUUCCUUACUGCUCUACUGUGCCAUCUGAACUUCAGUUAGAACUUAUAUCGAAGGAGAAUGAGUUAAACCAAGGACGAUGUAGGGCUCAGGUCAUUUUUGGCUCAGGCAGCACAGUGUGCUUACUGGGCCACACCAAAGAGGUUGAAGAACUGAGAGAAGCUGUGACACUCUUUAUUGUAGACCAGUCUAAUGUGCAACACAUAGUUGAUCUGCCUUUCCCAGAGUUAGCAGAAAAGUUACCAGAUUUGCUGCAGCAGCAUGGUUUUGAUUAUUCAGGUGUUACCUUCCACCCUUUAAUGUCUUCCUCUGAGUCCAUGGUGAUGUUGGAAGGACCACCCAGUAAAGUGACAUUUCUGGACUCCCAUCUUCAAGAUACUGAGACAUUAGGGACAGAAAGAUAUUGUGUUGGUCAUUCUCAGUUUGAGGACCUUUAUUGUAAAGAUGCACAGCAUUUGACAUCUUUGAGUUUGAGUGAAGAAAGCACAAUAUUUGCCAGCUACUGUCUUCAUGAUGGGCUCCAGGUGCUGGUGUGUCAGGGUGACAUCACCAAACAGGAUGCUGAUGCCCUGGUGAACGCUGCAAAUGAGGAUCUGGACCACUGUGGAGGGGUUGCUGCUGCACUGAGUAAAGCAGGCGGCCCUGAGGUGCAGAGGGAGAGCAGUGCAAUAGUAAAGCAGGUGGGGAAAAUUCCUACAGGUGAUGUGGUAGUGACGACAGGGGGGAACCUAAACUGCAAGAAACUGCUGCAUGCUGUUGGGCCUGUUGGUGGAAAAUCAGGUGGCAAAGAAAGGGUCUUUCUGGAAAAAACUGUCAAGUGUGCUCUUAAUUUAGCAGAAAUGAUGGAGUUCAAGUCGAUAGCCAUGCCCUGUAUCAGCUCUGGUAUAUUUCGUGUCAAUGUCAGAGUGUGCUCAGAGGCUAUUGUUACAGCUGUUAAAGAGUUUGGUAGUCAGGGAAGGAGAAGUCUGAGCAGAAUCAUCCUGAUAGAUACCAGGGAAGAGGUGGUGUGGGCAAUGCAACAAGCAUGUGACAGACUUCUCCAAGUUAUAAGUUUCCCAAUGGACUUUGCUGCCCAAGACACUGGAAGUGGAACCACUGCCGGAGGUGCUGGAGAGAGUGUCCACGUAGAGGUCGUUCAGGGAACCAUUGAGAGCCAGCAGGUCGAUGCUCUGGUUUCUCCAAUGCAAGGCCACAAUCCUCUCUCUACACGUAUUGGAAAUGCUUUGUUCACAACGGUUGGAGUUCAGCUGGCUUCAAGGUUUAGAGAAGAAGCGGCAGAAGAAACGCUGCCUGGUGAAACAGUCAUGGUGGAGGAUUUGCCUGCACUUCCAUCCAAAGCAGUGAUCUUCCUCAACCUGUUUCCUUGGGGUAAUGACCCAAAUGGGACAGCAGUCGAGGUUCUGAGAAUGGCCAUCAAAGAAACCCUGACUUCUUGUGAAAACAGGGGAUUUGAUUCUGUUGCUUUCCCUGUACUCGGAUCUGGGAUUGCCCUGCGUUUUCCUGAGAGCGUGGUCGCCCAGGUUCUACAGGAGGAAGUUCAUGCUUUUAAACUGAACAGAGCCAGAAAAACACCGUUCCUGGUCCGCAUCGUCAUCCACCCCCAUGACCAAGAGUCUAUCAUGGCCUUCAAGUGCUUCCAGGAGAUUUUGAAACUCUCAGAAGAUGUUCACCAAUCAGACCAAGUGUCAACAAAGAGGAUCGUCCUGCUGGGAAAAACUGGAACAGGGAAAAGCCACCUAGCCAACACCAUACUUGGAGAGCAACUGUUUGAACCAAAUGAUUCUCCCAACUCUGGAACAAAACAAUGUGUAACAGAAACAAGAUCUGUCAAUGGAAGAAGUAUCACUUUGAUUGACACUCCUGGGUUCUUUGAUGUAGAACGGAAAGAGGACGAAGUUAAGGAUGAGAUAAUGAAGUGCAUCACAGAGUGCGCUCCCGGGCCUCAUGCUUUUCUUAUUUUGCUCAAAGUGGAUAAAUUCACAGAGCAGGAGAAAGAUGUCAUCGCAAAAAUACGCCAGUGUUUCACAGAAGAUGCUCUAAAAUUUGCUGUAGUAGUCUUCACUCAUGGUGGCCAGCUCCCUAAAGGGAAGACAAUUAAGGAGUUUGUCAGUCAGAAUGAGGAUCUGAGUCAUCUGGUGAAUGAGUGUGGCGGUCGGUGCCACGUCUUUGAUAAUAAAUACUGGAACAACAAACAACCUGAUGAAUACAGAAGCAACCAGUUUCAGGUGGCAGAGCUACUCAACACCAUAGAGAAGAUGGUAAUGGAAAACAAUGGAGACUGCUACACCAAUGAAAUGUUGCGAGCAGUGGAGGAAGAAAUGCAGCACGAGGAGAAGAGAAUUAGACUCUUAUCAAAAGAAAUGUCAGAUCAAGAGAUCAGAGAGCAGGCUAAAGUUAGCGUUUUUCAGAAGUUUCGGAUCAGACUGGCAGGUAUUGCAACAGGAGUAUUGUUAGGAGCUAUGCUUGGUGUGCCAGCAAUGAUUAUGUUAGUUGUCACGGCUGUGAUGACAAUGCCGACAGCUGCAACAAUAGCAAAGCUUGCAAUGGGAGCAACAGGAGGGGCAUCAGCAGUAACAACUGGAUUAAGCAUAGGUGCAGGAGUUAGUGCAGGAGUUGGUGCCGUAGCAGGAGCAGUAGUAGGAGGUUGUAUAGGAUAUCAUGUAGCUGAUCAAGCAGACUCACCAGGGGAGGCAGCAAAGAACACAGUAAAGGCUUUUAGUGACGUAGGUAAACAAGCACUUCAACAAACACUUCAAAUAGUAAAAAACAACAAAAAGUGAGGAGAAUGCGCCACUUCUCACACAUAGUUGAAAUAAACUGACUGCUAAAGUGUUCUUUUUCACUUUUCUGUUCUAUAUAGUACUUUGAUUCAAACACUUUAC